AUGAAUUGGACCGGUGGCCAAUUGCAUCGUCACUCGUCUCGCAAAGGAAUAUUGUCCAAGACCCAGAAGCAGAAUUUCGCCAAAUCUCGCCAACUCAUCAACGAUCGAGCGUCUCGUCCGCCUGCGUCAUUCCAGGGCUUUCCCAGGCUGGGAGUUGAUAGCCCAGAAACUGAGCUCCUCGGCUCACGGCAGCAGGCAUCUGGGUGCUCUCGGAUGUCGAUUUCUAAAAGACCCAAACUGGGCGGCAGUAUCCAUGGCCCAGCCAUUAGACUAUCAAUUUCCCCCAUAGAGGAAAUCGAGCGCUUCGGCAAACGACGCAAACUGAAUGAUGCUGACCGCAAGCGUCUAUCAACUACCUCUGGAGACCGGGUUGUACGCCUUUUUAGGCCUCGCCUGAGGACUCGCCAGCUGACUUCCGAGCGAGACGCCUACUUGAAUGGCAUCCAAAUCCGAAUCGAUGGUCAACCUGCUGAUGGAUCGUCGGCUGCAAGCACUGCCGAAAGGCCGAGCCAACCUUCAUCACAGUCCAUCGUCCUUUGUGAUGAUUCUGGUCCGGUUCACUAUUCCUCCACUCGUGGUCACCCAAACGCCGAUCAAAAUUGCUCGGGGCGAGAUUUUCUCAGCCUCCGCCCAAGCCAUCAGGCCCCACCAUCUAAGGUCCCCAAAGCCCCCUCGACCAUUCCAGAAACGGUUAUGCUGCAGAUCUCUGAGCCUGUGUCACCAUCUCGUGUUCCUCUUCAAGAAAACUUAAUCUAUGGGCUAAGCGGCCGCAACCGAGUUGAUGUCUCUCCUGGUUCCGCUAGGCUGCCGUGGUCCGCACGUCGGCAUUUCACUAUUGAUGACCAAAUACAAGCGGAGCAGAACAAUCUCGCCAUUUGUUUAGAUGCCAAUGCUCCAUCUCGCCCAAGGUCCCCUAGCUCUGUGACCACAUUGCUGGCGUCACCCUCUCUGCUCAGUCCUGAAAUACCGCCAAGUCUGAAUGCCUCGAACCGGCCGUUGCAACCACGAUGGUCCAUGUUUUCCCCCAACUUUCGUCAGCCCAAUGCUGCUCGUCCUCAAGAAUUCCAUGGCUUUGAUGUUACAUGCACCAAUUCCACCGAGCACCCACCCUAUCAUAUUUACAAAGAUCGCAGUUUUGGGGAUAUGAGAUUCUUUGGUCAGGUUGUCCGCCAAGACGAUUAG